AUGUCUGAGCAGCUCCAAGAGAUUCUCGACAUCCCGCGGGAGUUUGUCAAGGAUGGCAUGCAGUUCCUGAACCGCUGCCAGAAGCCUGAUGCGAAGGAGUUCGCCAAGAUCAGCCAGGCUGUUGGUGUCGGCUUCAUCGUUAUGGGUGCCGUCGGUUACUUUGUGAAGUUGGUGCACAUCCCACUGAACAACAUUCUGGUCGGCGGCGCGUAA